UAGAUUCCCCCUGCGGCCGCGAGAGAAGAAAAACAAGAAGAAUAAGUCUAGGGUUGAGCUCUCUUCAUCUCUUCCUGUGCAGCUCCAAUGGCGUUGAGGAACUUCUACAACGAGAUCAGGGGACUCAAAGUGAAGGAUCUGCCUAAUCAUCUGAAGCCAAUGCUCUCUAUCGAUUACGUGAAGCAAGCGAUCCAUAAAGGCUUGGAUAAUUAUCACCGAAAGUACAUCAUGACCGACUCGAUCGAUCCUCUCUACCAUAUCUGCUUCGGUGGCAUGAUCUUCUCUUACCUUGUCGCUCUCCCCGAAGAGCGUCGUCACCUCGAACACCAGCAGCACGCCAAAGAGCAUGGCGGCCAUUAAAUCCCUCUAAUCAAUCGAUCGAGGAAUCUACAGCUAGUACAAUAUUUUGAGUUGCUAUCUGAGGUGUUGCGGAGGCCCUAUUUAUGCCUUCUAUUU